CGUGAUCGAAAUUUAUCGGUCACAUUAAACAGUAUAAAAACAACGAAUUUGUGCAAGUAACAUAUCGCGACUCUGUGUGGAUAUAAUGGCACUUCAAAAAAGAUCAGACAAUUGGAUUUGGAAACAUGUUCUUAAAUUAGACGAUUCUAUUAUACAAUGCAAUAUAGAUAAUUGUAAGAAAACUUAUACAAUGAUUAACAAAGGUGAAUAUAGAGUGAUAAUGACGAUGAAAGGACAUUUAUAUCAUGAACAUGGAAAAUACGAUGAACAAGAUCGAUUAAAAUGGUUAAAUGAUAAUGAUUUGAUAUGGCGAUAUUUCGACAAAGCAAACUUAUAUACAGCAAAUUGUAAGCUUUGUGGUGGUUUAUUUCGUCAAUCAUAUGUACCACUUAUAAAGUCGCAUCUGCAAAGUCAUCGUCAAGAAAUAAGAGCUGAUGUUCAAAAAGAAAUUGCGGAUAACUCUCUAUCGCAAUAUUAUAUAAUCAAUAUGGAAGAUUUUAUUGCACGGUGCAAACGUUGCAAUGAUAAAAUGGACAUAUUUUACGGGAUAGAUGCCUUAACGCAUCACACUUGUUUAAAAAAGACUCAAUGUUUAAGGUCUAGACAAAAACCUGAAGAUAAUAAUGUGAACAGAAUGACACAACAGUCUACAACCACCGAAAAUGCAAAUACGAACUCCCAUAAUAAUAUAAAUAGUCAGUCUGGAAAUCGAGAAAAUCAACAAAGUGACACAUCGCGACAAUGUGUGGAUGAAAUGACAGCUCGAGAAAGAUCAAAUAAUUGGGUGUGGAAACAUUUACUUAAAUUAGACGAUUCUACUGUACAGUGCAAUAUAGAUAAUUGUAAUAAAACUUAUAAUACGACUUUUGAUAGAAGUAAAGGUAGAAUGAUAGUAAUAAUAAAAGGACAUUUAUAUCAUGAGCAUGGAAAAUAUGAUGAAGAAGAUCGGUUAAAAUGGGAAAACGAUAAUGAUUUAAUAUGGCGAUAUUUCGAUAAAGAAGGUUUAUACAAAGAAAAAUGUAAAUUUUGUUACGAUUCACUUUCCGUAUCAUAUACACCAUCGUUAAGGGAUCAUCUACGACAAUACCAUCGUCAAAAAAUAAGAGCUGGUGUACGAAAAGAAAUUGCGGAUAAGUCUUUAUCGCAACAUUUCGAAAUUCAUGAGAAAGAAUUUUAUGCAUCGUGCAAACGUUGCAAUCAUAAAAUGGAUAUAUUUUAUGGAACAGAUGCUUUAACACAUCACAUUUGUUUAAAAAAGAAUCGUUUAAAGUUUGAACAAAAAUCUGAAGAUAAUAAUGUGAACAAAAUGACACAACAGUCUACAGUCACUGAAAAUACAAAUACAAGCUCCCAUCAUGAUGAUAUAAAUAAUCAACCUAGAAAUCGAGAAAAUCAACAAAGUGACACAUCGGGACACUGUGCGGAUGUAAUGGCAGCUCGAGAAACAUCAAACAAUUGGGUGUGGAAACAUUUACUUAAAUUAAACGAUUCUACUGUACAGUGCAAUAUAGAUAAUUGUGAUAAAACUUAUACGACUUUUGAUAGAAAUAAAGGUAGACUAACAAUGAUGAUAAAAGGACAUUUAUACCAUGAGCAUGAAAAAUACGAUGAAGAAGAUCGAUUAAAAUGGGAAAACGACAAUGACUUAAUAUGGCGAUAUUUCGACAAAGUAGGUUUAUACAAAGAAAAAUGUAAAUUUUGUAAAGAUACACUUUUCAUAUCAUAUAUACCAUCGUUAAGGCAUCAUCUGCGACAGUACCAUCGUCAAAAAAUAAGAGCUGAUAUACUAAAAGAAAUUUCGGAUAAGUCUCUAUCGCAAUAUUUCGAAAUUCAUGAGAAAGAAUUUAAUGCACGGUGCAAAUGUUGCAAUGUUGAAAAGAACAUAUUUUUCGGAAUAGAUGCCUUAAUACAUCACAUGCAAGAAAAUCAAUGUGUAAGGUAUCUUAACGAAGAACUUGAAGAUAAUAACACAAUGACACAAUCUAUAGCCAAUGAAAAUACAAGUUCCCAUGAUAAUUUAAAUAGACAAGCUCUUGGAAAUCGAGAAGAUCAACAAAGUGAUACAUCGCGAUGUUGUACGGAUGUAAUGGCAGCUCUAGAAGGAUCAAACAAGUGGGUGUGGAAUCAUGUUCUUAAAUUAGACAAUUUUACUGUACAGUGCAAUAUAGAUGGUUGUGAUCAAAUUUAUAUAAAUCGAAAUAGAAAGCUUAUAAAUAGAAUGAUAACAACGAUAAAGGAACAUUUAUACCAUAAGCAUGAAAUAUGGAAUGAAGAAGAUCGCUUAAAAUGGGUAAAUAACAAUGAUUUGAUAUGGCGAUACUUUGACAAAGUAGACUUAUACAAAGAAAAAUGUAAAUUUUGUAACAUUUCACUUCAUCAAGCACAUAUACCAUUUAUAAAAAAGCAUCUGCAAAGACAUCAUCAAGAAAUAAUAACUAUUGUACGAAAAGAAAUUGCGGAUAAGUCUCUAUCGCAAGAUUUUGAAAUAGAUGAAAAAGAAUUUAGCGCAUUGUGUAAAUAUUGCAGUGUUAAAAAGAACAUAUUUUACGGAACAGAUGUCUUAACACACAUUUGUUCAAAAAAAAAUCAAUGUUUAAAAUCAAUGUCUCGACAAAAAUCUAAACAUAACAAUGCAAAUAGAAAAACACAACCACGGACACAACAAUCUAUAGCCACUGAAAAUGCAAUUACAAGCUCCCAUCAUGAUGAUAUAAAUAAGCAAGUUCCUCGAAAUCAAGAUCAACAAAGGAAUGAAGAAGAAGCUGCAGAAAAUGCAAUUACAAGCUCCCAUCGUGAUGAUAUAAAUAGGCAAGUUCCUCGAAAUCAAGACCAACAAAGGUAUGAAGAAGGAGCUGCAGAUGAAAAUGCAAUUACAAGCUCCCAUCAUGAUGAUAUAAAUAGGCAAACUCCUCGAAAUCAAGAUCAACAAAGUUCUGAAGGAAUUAACAUCGAUGACACGGUACAAUUCCUUGAUUACAAUCAUGGAAGUACAUAUUGCUACGUUCUUGGAAAUCAAGAUGGUCCACAAAGUUCGGAAGAAAAUAACACGGAUAACAUAGUAUUCCUUGCUGAUGUUUCGGAUGCAAGUUCUCAUAAUGACAGUACAAACUGGCAAGGUCUUGGAUAUCAAAUAGAUCAACAGAGAAUGAUGCAUCAGCCCGUAGCAGCAGUAAAUAUGACUACAAGUUAUCACGAAGAAAGUACAUAUUGUUCUGAAGAAAAUAAUACGAAUAACACGAAUAACAUAGUAUUCCUUGCUCAUGAUGUUUCGGAUGUAAGUUCUCAUUAUGACGGUACAAACUGGCAAGGUCUUGGAUAUCAAAUAGAUCAACAGAGUUCUGAAGAAAAUAACACGAAUAACAUAGUAUUCCUUGGUCAUGAUGUUUCGGAUGUAAAUUCUCAUUAUGACGGUACAAAUUGGCAAGGUCUUGGAUAUCAAAUAGAUCAACAGAAUUCUGAAGAAAAUAACACGGAUAACAUAGUAUUCCUUGGUCACGAUGUUUCGGAUGUAAGUUCUCAUUAUGAUGGUACAAAUUGGCAAGGUCUUGGAUAUCAAGUAGAUCAACAGAGUUCUGAAGAAAAUAACACGAAUAACAUAGUAUUCCUUGGUCAUGAUGUUUCGGAUGUAAGUUCUCAUAAUGAUAAUACAAACUGGCAAGGUCUUGGAUAUCAAAUAAAAAUAGAUCAACAGAGUUCUGAAGAAAAUAGCACGAAUAACAUAGUAUUCCUUGGUCAUGAUGUUUCGGAUGUAAGUUCUCAUUAUGACGGUACAAACUGGCAAGGACUGGGAUAUCAAAUAGAUCAACAGAGUUCUGAAGGAAAUAACACGAAUAGCAUAGUAUUCCUUGCUCAUGAUGUUUCGGAUGUAAAUUCUCCUCAUGACGGUACAAACUGGCAAACUCUUGGAUAUCAAGAAGAUCAACAGAGAAUGAUGCAUCAAUUCGUGGCAGCAGGAAAUGUGGCUACAAAUUUUCAUAAUGACGAUACAAAUUGGCAAGCUGUUGGAUAUCUAGUAGAUCAGCAGAGAAUGAUGCAUCAAUUCGUGGCAGCAGAAAAUGUGGUUACAAGUUCUCAUAAUGACGGUACAACUUUGCAAGCUCCUGGAAAUCAAGAAAAUGAAUAA